GGCUUGCUUCCGAGUUCACGAGUUUGAGUGAACAACAUUGUCAAUGUGGAGCUUUCAAAGUUAGUCGGAGUACUUUCACGGAAUAACCAUGUAUAAUGCCGCGUACUGUUCAGUUUUAGGAUUACUCAUGUUUGGACUCUCGCUGAUGAUUAUGGGCGAGGAUGUGAGCAAACCCAAGUCAAAGCGCUACAACGACAAGUCCUUCCCCAAGCACAGCUUAGUUCUGGAGCGCAAUGUCACAUGUGAAGACAUUCCUGAUGAGAAAGUUGGCCGAUUUAUGUCCCACACAUGGACGUGUCACAACAUCAGAGUUGACGGAUACCGACUCGCCUACGGCUACUAUCCGGGCAUCGGUAUUGACAUCAAGUGUAACGAUACAGGGGGAAAACAUGAGUUUGCACAACUUUGCCGGGAGCUGCUGAGAAAAGUUGCCACCGAUAGACCCCUUCAUGCAUUAUAUAUCACCGAAGUAUCCUGUGACUACAACAGUGACACGCGUGUGUUGUUGAAUCGGACGUCGGAGGAGGAGUAUACUUGGGAGGACCUGCAGCCAGGCAAUGGCUGGGUGGGCACGAUACAAUGCAUGGUCGUACUUCCAGGGAAGUCAUGAAUGCACCCCAUACUUCCGAGAUAUGCAAAUCCAACCUGUGCCUAAAGAAUGUGUGAUUAUCCUGAACACAGGCGAUGUAUGUCUGUGUCAGCUGCCGGAACUGGCUUGGAUCACAUGUGAUCCAGCUAAGUCGAAUGAGAUCUAAUUGAGUCAUAUGUGAUCUAAUUGAGUCGUACAUGAUCUAAUUGUGUCGUACAUGAUCUAAUUGAGUCGUAUAUGAUCUAAUUGAGUCAUAUAUGAUCUAAUUGAGUCAUGUGAUCUAACUGACUCAUAUAUGAUCUAACUGAGUCAUAUGUGAUCUAAUUAAGUCGUAUAUGAUCUAAUUAAAUCGUAUAUGAUCUAAUUAAGUUGUUUAUGAUCUAAUUGAGUCAUAUAUGAUCUAAUUGAGCCAUAUGUGAUAUAAUUUUUAUCAUAUGAUCUAGGUGGUGCAAAUGUAAUCUAACUGGGUCAUAAAUGAUCUAAUUGGGUCGUAUAUGAUCUAAUUGUAUCAUAUGUGAUGUUAUUCAUUCAUAUAUGAUCUAAGUGAUGCAUAUGCAAGCCAACUUGGUCAUACAUAAUCAAAUUGCAUCACAUAUGAUUGAACUGUCAUACAUGAUCCAGCAAAGUCAUACAUGAUCCAACUAAGUCAUUCAUGAUCCAAGUCAUACAUGAUGUAAUUGGCUCAUGUGUGAUCCAACUGUCAUACAUGAUCCAGCAAAGUCAUACCUGAUGUAAUUGGGUCAUGUGAUUUACUUGAGCCAUGAUCAUAUGUGGGUCAUGUAUGUUCCCACUGAAUCCUUUAUGAAUGAAAUGUGUGAAUCAGGUGUGUGGUGGAAAUUAAUAAUGUUAUAAUGUAUCAAUCAAACAAGUCAUGCAUCACCACACUAGUUAUAUGUCAAAAAGGUAUAUACUAUUGAUGAGUCACAUAUUACAAGGAAAACUGUAAAUGUUUGUUUAUUGCCAGACACUGCACAGCAGUAUUCCUACAAUACAACCGUGACCUGUACCCAAUCAAGACUUGACCAGACAAUCCAGUGACACAAUAGCCCAUUUACUGAUUUACUGUUUUUGGUUUAAGCAGUGUUUGGGAUGACUGCUCGAUGGCAACCUUUAUGACAGAGAUGUUAAACUGUGGCAUGGUCUUUUCAAUCAUAAUUAACUAUGUACAUCAUUGUAAA